AUGUCGACGUCUGAAGCUGACAAGAAUGAAGGAACUCAACAAAAGAAUGGCAUUGCAAAUGCCAAAUCUCCUCCAGCUUUUAUGUCCGAAGAGGAAAUUAUCGCUGCCAUGCCUGAAAACUUCAAAUGUCUAUCACUAUGGCCUCCUAAUGUAAGUUUUGAUUUUAAAAUAGUUAUAUUUUUAGCCGGGAGAGAUCUUUGAUGAUGAACUGUCGAAAUUGGAAGAAGAAGAUUCAUCGCCAUAUUGGUGUCAGAUGUAUUAUUAUCAGUUUGAUUACAAGGUUAGUUUGUUGUUUGAUGGUUUAUUGUUGACAAUAAAAGCUGUAGCAUUUUAUUAAGGGUGUUUUGACAAUUUUUUGGGGUUUUCUAUGCAUAAUUUUUUGAUUUAUAGCUAAGUUCGUAUCGUGCAUACAACAGCGAAAUAAGUAUUGAUGGGCUGUGCACUCCAGCAAAUGCUUCUCGUUUUUCUUUGGGAAUUAACGGUUGUGUGGCUGGAAAUGAGGUUGCCGAAAAGGCCAGGAUGCAAAUUGGUGAGUUGAUUACUAUUUAAAGCUGUUUUUAGUGUUAUAUUUAACAUCAUACAUCGUUUUAAACAUUUUUUUUUGUUGAAAAUUUCUAGAAAAAGAGCCAGGUAUUGGUUUUUUGUAAUGUGUUUUAUUUGCUAUAAGGUAAAAUGAAAUGUAUUUUAAACGCUUUAAAUUGUUUGGAAAGAUAAUACUUUUACUUUUAAAGGCGAUGGUUGUCGAUUGACACGAAGAGGGCCAGAGGUGUAUCUACAGUGUUUGACAGACUCACCUGUGUUUUUGCAAUGUCCGUUAUAUGCUAUUUCGACUGGGGAUGAUCAAGCUACUGUGUAUCGAUUAACCCAACGUAAGUUGAUAUGGAUAUUACACAUUUUUAAUAAUUUGGCUUGUUAUAUCCUUUUCAUUGUAUAUUUUUUAGCUCAAGUGAUACAAAUUUUUAACGACACAAGAUUUGAAGAGCUUUUGGACAUCUACAUCAAGAAUAACUCGAAUUAUAAACAGUUGAGGGACCUGCAGGUUAGUGUAAUAUACUUCGUUUCUAAGUUACCUAUACAUAAAAUUACACAUAUGUAGUUUUAAAGAUAGUUUUAAGAAAAAUGUAUUAUUUUAACGUAUCUAUAGAAGUUUUGCUAUUAGAAGUAGCUUAGUUCCUUUUAUUUUGAAUUUAUGUGCAAAUUACCUUAAUAUACUAUGCGAUACCACUAAGAAAACACUUGUAGAACAUGUGCCAUGUCAGGAUUAGCUUUGUUAAAGGUUGGGGAAGCGCGUAUCGCCGUCGUACCAUAAUUACCACACCAUGCUGGGUCGAGCUGUAUAUGGUACAUCCACUAGAGAGACUAGAUGAAUGUAUGAGAGCUUGUGAUGAUUGGAAUCGCAAUCCGAUCGAUGAGUAUAGUAACGAAAUUGAUGAAGGGUUAAAUUUGGAGGGUCUAAGUGAUGAAGAGAAGGAAAUGGAAGCUCAGAACCAAAAUAAUGUUGAGAUAGCUGAUCCAGCGCAUGACAAAGAUGAAGAAGAUAUUGAGGAGAUCGAGUAG